AUUUGAACAAAUGUCGAUGGCAUAUCUGCAAACGUGGAAAACUGACGUGGCAGUCGACGUGUUGAGUAUACAAUCUGAAAUCCAACGUUAAUAUAUUAACUAUACUAUGGCGCAGAAUGCAUUUGCCUGAGUUUUUUUUUCCCACCGUCGUUAACUAUGGCGGAGAAAGAAGUUAGGUUAUGUUAGGUUAAGUCUACAGCUGUCAACUAAAUUCAUACAAUGUCCUUAAUUUUUCCAUUUAAAAUAGUCAGAGAUUAGUUCUCUGGCAUAGCAUGAAAUGAUUACAAGUGACACGCCAUACAGAAACUAUGUCAUAUUUUCGUGAUUGGCGGCAAACUUUGCGUACUCCGUUUGUCUACAGAGUUGCCAACAGUACUUUUCGUAUUCAAUGUCAAUAUUUUGCACUUAUUUUCCUAUUAUUAACCGUUCCUCUAUUUUUACUUGGUUUUUUAUCGUUCCGUGGAAGUGUACAUUCAUUCACAUCGAGUCAGUUUUUAACUCAAUGCCAAUAUUACAAGUAUAAUAAAACAUAUCCUUUAUCUACUCCGAUCAGAACGUUAAAGGGUAUCGCUUAUAGAAUAGCGAUAGUAAGUGAUCUAGACCACGAUUCAAAAAGUUUGAACGACCAGAACACGUGGUAUAGUAUCAUGAAAACUGGAACUCUUUCUUGGGAUACUACGAUACGUUCUCUUAGUAUUGCAUGGGACGAUAAAACUCAAAUGCUAACGUCGUCGUUAACUAUGAAAGGACGUGGCAUGGAAUUGUCCGAAUUGGUUACCUUCGAUGGGCAUUUAUUGUCUUUCGAUGAUCGUACAGGAGCAAUAUAUUAUAUCGAAGGAGAAGAAGCCUAUCCAUGGAUCUUAUUAAUGGACGGUAAUGGCAAAAAUUCUAAAGGCUUUAAAUCCGAAUGGGCAACCGUUAAAGAUGAACAUCUAUACGUCGGUAGUACGGGCAAAGAAUGGACUACUCACUCGGGAAUAUUCAAAAACAAUAAUCCACUUUGGAUAAAAAUAGUAUCCCCUCGCGGUGAAGUCCAUUCUUUAAACUGGAUUUCAUAUUAUAAACGAUUGAGGCAAGCUAUUGGCAUUGAGUAUCCAGGUUAUAUGAUCCAUGAAUCUGGAACUUGGAGCGAUAUACACAAAAGUUGGUUCUUUUUACCGAGACGAUGUUCUGAAAAUCGUUAUAAUGGAACUACAGAUGAAAUAAUGAGCUGUAAUGUUUUGUUAACUACAGACGAAAAUUUUGUGGAUAUCAAGAUUACCAAAAUUGGUGAUUUAGAUCGACUUAGGGGUUUCUCGAGCUUCAAAUUUUUACCAGACUCUCGAGACUCGAUUAUCGUCGCUCUAAAAACCGAAGAAUAUCAAGGACAGACUGCCACGUACAUUACAGCAUUUACAAUCGAAGGGGUGAUCUUAAUGCCGGAUGUCAAAGUGGAUGAUAAGAAGUUUGAGGGGUUGGAAUUUAUAUAACAUUCCGCUUAAGAAUAUUACAGUCGUGUUAAGCAAAAUUAUGUAAAUAAACGUACCAGAUUUUAUAAUUCUAUAUUAUUAUCAAAUAUCUCCCGAAAAAAUUGUGUAAAUUGUUUGGCACAGUUCGCUUAAAUCACCAGUAUUGUACUUCCCGAGAUAUAACAGUAUUCAAUGUAAUUUCACAUUCA